AUGGGCCUCGACAGCGAUACCAUCGACAAGCUCGUCCAUACCGACGUUCGAGAUGUUAUCCCGAAAGAAGACUUGAACAAGUUCGAGGCGUCUGGGCUGUUUGAGUGCUUGAACAUCCUCAACCUGCGCGAUGCCGGCAAGGUACCUGGGAGCCGUAUCCCGGAGGGCCGCGUGUUCCGCUCUGGCGCGCUCCCUCACGACGACAAGUCAGUGGAUUGGAUUUCCAAAAAUGCCGACUGCGUUGUUGACCUCCGCCGCCGCGACGGUUCCGAAGGCCCGAAGGACCCCAUAAUCGACGGGAUCAAGGGCAUCUGCGAGGACACACUCCCUGGAGACUACGAGAAGAUUGCGCUGGAAAACUUUACAUCUGAGGAAGAUGCCGCCGCCAGCUGGCGAGAUCAUUACAUGGAUAUUGCAAGAAGGUACAGCCCGGCGUUCCGGGCUACCCUCGAGUACAUCCGCGACUACCGCGGCAAGCGACUCCUAAUACACUGCCUUCUCGGCCGCGACCGCACGAGCGUCCUCCUCGGCCUGCUACACCACCUCGCCGGCUCGAACCCCGAGGCCGCGCGCCGCGACUACAUGCUCUCGCGCAUCGGCUGUGAGUUCAAGCGCUGCAUGGUGUUCAAGUCUGCCAUGGUCAUGGUUGGAAUCACGGACCCAGACACACCAGGCUUCGACAACCUCAUCCAGCUGCGGCGCGCCUACUGGGACGCGUUCGUCGAAGCGCUCUCCGAGAAAUUCGGCGGCUGGGACGGCUACGCCACGUCGCGUGAUGGCCUGAACUUCUCCAAGGAAGACCUCGAGAAGAUCAAGGACAACCUGACAGCCCCGCCGUCGAACCGGGACGGCGAUGCCCCCUCGCGUGAUGGCCUGAACUUGUCCGAGGAUGACAUCAAGAAGGCAUGGGACGACCUGGACUCGUCCGAGGAAGGCGCCAAGAAGAUCUGGGACCUGAACUUGUCCUGUCCGAGGAAGACCUAA